AUGGCAACUUAUAAAGUUUCGAGUUUGGUUUUUGUUGUUUUGUUAGGUCUGGGGAUAUGUUCUGCUACUAGAGCUCUUUUUGGUUAUGAGGAGAGUGUAGCUGGAUAUGCACAUGGGGGAGUGGAUGUUGGACUUAGUGGUGGUGGCGGAGGGGGUGGUGGUCAUGGCGGUGGAGGAGGAGCUGGGUAUGGAGCGGGGGGAGAGCAUGGUGCGGGGUAUGGAAGUGGGGGUGGUGAAGGCGGUGGUGCUGGGUAUGGAGGUGGGAAAGGAGUUGGAGGCGGCGGUGGUGGAGGUGGUGGAAGUGGUGGUGGAGGUGGCGGUGGUGCUGGUGGUGCGCAUGGUGGUGGAUAUGGAGGUGGUGAGGGUGGUGGUAGCGGCAGUGGUGCUGGAUAUGGUGGUGCAGGGGGAGCUGGCGGUGGAGGAGGAGGUGGUCAUGGUGGUGGUGGCGGUGGAGGUUCUGGUGCUGGGGGAGCUGGAGGGAGUGGGUAUGGAAGCGGUGGGGGUUCUGGUGCAGGUGGUGGCUCAGGAGCAGGAGGAUAUGGCGGUGCAGCUGGGGGUGGAGGCGGUGGAGGCUCAGGUGGCGGCGGUGGAGGUGGUUACGGAGCAGCUGGAGGUGAGCAUGGGGCUGGUUAUGGAAGUGGCUCCGGGAGUGGAGAAGGUGGUGGACACGGUGGCUAUGCACCAUGA